GCUAGCUUUCUCCUGCUGGUGUCGAGGCUAGCUAAGGGGGAGAAACGGUGGGAGAAGGGCAGAAAGCGUGGGGUAAAAACACAGAUUAAACUCGGUUAACACCUGGCAGUGUUGAAGAAAGGUACCGAACAGGCAUCACCAGCAGCUUGGUGACAUUUCUCCCGCGGCUCUCACCACCUCCCACCUACCAUAUCUUAGUUACCUGGUGCCUCUGUCCCAUGAAAAUUUGUGUUAAAUCAGAAACUAAAAGUUAAUUGACACCAGCAAAUUAAAAUCUGACACGUAUCGGCUACCAAAGGCAACAUCUUGUUUAGUUUUGCACCUUAGAUCGGUAUUUUUUGUCCAACCACUGAAGCCCCCAUUUUUAAAGACUUAGUCGCUCAUCUGAUCAGGCCAAUCUCUGUAAACUCUGUAGACUCCAAGAAAGCACCACCAUGGCCUCUGUGACCCACUCCUCUGAACCAGAGAUCCUAGACAACCACAAAGAGAGCUGGCUGGCUCUACUUUCAGCUGCGGAGGCCUAUUGCCAGAAGUCUGGCUGUGAUCUGGCCAUUCUCACAGCCUGUAAGAAGUUCCGGCCGACGGAAGGCGAGGGAGGGAAGAAGCAGGAGAGCGGCACCGGCUUCCCGAAGGAGUGCGAUUUCUCCUACAGUGUGUGGGGUCAGGGCUUCCUGGCCGAGUCGGCGCGCCGCUACAUGGACGACAUCGGCGUGCUGCACUCCACGUCCAUGCUGACGGCCCAGAAGCACACGCGGCAAACCGGUGGAGAGCAACGAACCAAGAUGUUGGUUGAUUUGACCUCUGAAACCGGAUACAGAGGGAGCUUCACCGGCGACGGCGUGGUGGGUGGAGUCAGUCCCAACAGCAGACUGUAUUCCCAGAGCUACCCGUCCAUCUACAGCCCGGACGACACGAGCCAGCAGGGCAUCGGGCAGAACGGCAACGCGGAGAGGGAACGGGAGAGGAGAGCUCUGGAGGUGGAGCGGGAGAGACAGCGGGCUGGGAUCGUAGAUCUGUUAGAGGAGGGGGAGGAGGUGGAAGAGGAGGAAGACAUGGAUGAGAGGCGGCCGUACGGAAACGAAAGCGCAGGUGUUUUCUCCAUGGACGAGGACUCGAUUUCCAGGGACUGUGAGCCGUUCUUUGAGUCCGACGGAGAGGAGGAGAGCACUGAUGGCUCGCUGAGCGAGGACGCCCCCCCACCACCGCGCGGCCUGGCCAUGGGGCAGCACGCUUUCUCGUCCCGCCACGCCCACCCCACGGCCCUGGCCCGCUCGCUGCCCGUGUCCGUCCCCGUGUGGGGCUGCAAGAGCAGCAGAGCCGCUCUGGGCGACAGCAACAGCGGAGAACGGCCGGGCUGCGCUGACCUGGAGCACAUCGCUGCAAGUAUGAAGGCCCUGCUGGUCCCUGGAGCCACCGACGGGACGGAGAUGUUCGGGGCCCUGCCACGGCCCCGGCUUAACACUGGGGACUUCUCUGUCAAGCACUGAGAGGGGGGGAGGGGAAAACCUGGAACGUGUGAAUCGGUGUAAAAGCUCCAAUCUGUUUAUCGUUUCAGCCACUAAGAAUAUCUGCAAACUCACAGGGUUAAAACAGUCGUGCAUAAAUGUCACGAACACUAAGAACAUCUUCAACACUACUACUAUUGCUCCCCCCACCACCACCACAAUAACAACACUUGGUUCAGACCGGUCUUGCGGUCAGGAGCAUACUGAGCCAUAGCGCCGCACAGGCAUGGGUGUCAUUUCGGUGAGCGGUUUGGCCAAAUAACCUGGAAGGGAUGAGAUCUUUGAUGCGAACCCAUCAGUAAACGAGUUUAAAAAGCCACUAUUAGACAAAAUCCUGCUUUAAUUCUGAGAAAUGUGGGAAAAUCUGGUUAGAAAUACUGAUUUAAAAAAAUAAAAA